UUUCAGUUUCAGAUUCAGAUUUGACAUUUUGACAAGAGCAAGCACGGGUUAUUCUUGUCUUCCUAUUUGUGAAGUUUGUGAAGGCUAAAAUAAAUGGAGACCAUAGGAUAAAAUUUUAAAUUAAUCAAUUGUUGAGACCGUGAAAUUACUUCUUAAUCAGUUAAAAUGGCAUCCAGAGUUAUGAAAAAGAAUACAUUUAAUUUGGGCCAAAGGAUCUUUAGGGCCCAAUCCACAAUGUCAGCCUUUGAACUUCAACAUAAAACACCCCUAAUUAAGAAACAAACCUCAAUACCCAUUGCUUUAUAUGGAGGUAGACAUGCAGUUUCAAUGUUACCUGGAGGUGGCAUUGGUCCAGAAUUAAUGGCAUAUGUAAGGGAGGUAUUUAAGUAUGCUGCAGCACCAGUAGAUUUUGAAGUCAUUGACAUAGAUCCAAAAUCAGAAUCUAAUGCAGAGUUGGAAUAUGCACUUACAUCUAUAAAACGGAAUGGUGUGGCCAUUAAAGGUAACAUCGAAACAAAAAGUGAAAGUGCUGAAGUCAUAUCAAGAAAUGUUGCAAUUAGAAAUGAAUUAGACCUUUUUGUCAAUGUUCUCCAUGUUAAAUCAUACCCAGGUGUCCCUGCUAGACAAAAAGAUAUUGACAUUGUAAUUAUCAGGCAGAAUACAGAGGGUGAAUAUGCUAUGUUAGAACACGAGAGUGUAGAUGGUGUAGUAGAGAGCAUGAAAGUUGUGACAGAAUCCAAUUCUGACAGAGUUGCAAGGUUUGCUUUUGAAUGGGCAAAGAACAAUGGUAGAAAGAAGAUAACAACUAUCCAUAAAGCCAACAUUAUGAAACUCUCUGAUGGAUUAUUUUUGGAAACAUCAAAAAGAAUUGCCAAAGAAUACCCAGAAAUUGAACACAAUGAAAUGAUUAUAGAUAACUGUUGUAUGCAACUGGUUUCUAAACCCCAUCAAUUUGAUGUAAUGAUCAUGACGAACUUGUAUGGAAGUAUCGUGUCAAAUGUUGUUUGUGGAUUAGUAGGAGGAGCUGGGUUACUUUCUGGAAAGAAUUACGGAGAUCAUUACGCUAUAUUUGAACCUGGUACUCGUAAUACUGGCACUGCCAUAGCUGGAAAAAAUAUUGCCAAUCCUAUUGCCAUGUUGAGCGCUAGUGUUGAUAUGUUAAAACAUUUGGGACACCAACAACAUGCAAAUUUAAUCGAAAGGGCAAUGUUCAAAACGAUCUCUGAAGAUAAAAUUCAUACACCAGAUUUGGGUGGUACCGCCAAAAGCACAGAUGUAGUUCAGAGAAUAAUUGACCACAUAUUACAAUCCGACAUUAGACCAUGAUUUCAAGCCACAAUAGUAUUAUUGAAUAUUUGGUAACAAUGUGUUUGAAUAAUUUAUUAUAUUUUAUUUGUAAAUAACUACAAUAAAAAAUUUCGUUACAGAA